AUGAAAGUGGUAGACGAAGACCCCCUGAAACCAUCUGCACUCCCUACUCCAGAUAGCUAUCAGUUCUUUCAUGGGUGGGAGGUGAAGUCGAACUGGAAAAAUGAGGUCACGCUGAAAAGUCUCGAGGCUCUUCGAGGGUAUGUUCCUUCAACACAUAUCGCCCAUAUCUCACCAACUCCGCUGUUGAUGACUGUGGCGGACAAUGAUGUGAUCACUCCAGCUGAUAUUGCUCUGGAGGCGUAUUCUCGGGCUCGAGAGCCGAAGAAAUUGCACAUAUUCCCUGGUGGUCAUUUUGAUGGCUAUGCUGGUAAAGGCUUUGAACGUAUCGUAUCGGUCCAGGUGGACUUUCUGAAAGAACAUUUCGUUGAAUAG